AUGUGGUUCUGGUGCAAGCUGUCCAACAACCCGUGCACUCAACUGGAGCCUGCUGCCGGAGGCCGUGCGGUUCUGGUGCAAGCUGUCCAACAGCCCGUGCACUCAACUGAUGGAGCCUUCUUCGAGCCUGCUGCCAGAGGCCGUGCGGUUCUGGUGCAAGCUGUCCAACAGCCCGUGCCCUCAACUGGUGCAGCUUUCUUCGAGCCUGCUGCCGGAGGCCAUGCGGUUCUGGUGCAAGCUGUCCAACAGCCCGUGCCCUCGACUAGUGGAGCCUUCUUCACCACUUAUCUGCCUUGUCAAGGAGUAGCAACAGGGGGUCGAAACAGGGGGUCGAAGUGGUCAAAUGCAACGGUUAAGUCGUCAUUGCAGAUACGGUUUGCUUGUGGCAGCACCGGUUAUGACCUGCUACUGGACAAGGGGUUUCCGUUGCCAUCGGCCAGAACACUGCGGCGGAGACUCGAGGGCAUCCGUUUCGAGCCUGGGGUGUUGGAGGAAGUGUUCAAGCUUCUGGAAACAAAAGUGGCGCACCUGAAGCCUCAGGAGCGCAAAUGCGUUCUCCUGCUCGAUGAGAUGGCCCUUGUUGAGAAGUUUGAGUACGACCCCAGUACCAGCUGCAUCCGGGAUUACACAGCAGUGCCCGUGCCUCAAGAACCACGCCCCGAGCCACCGUCUGCCACCUAUGCUCUGGUGUUCAUGAUUGCUGGCAUAUCCUCCCGAUGGAAGCAAGUCAUCUGCUACCACUACACUGGCAACUCCUUCUGUGGAAAAGAAGCUGCCACCCAAGUCAAGAUACUCAUCAAGCGGUGCAACAAUGUUGGCUUGCAGGUUGUGGCUGUCACGAGCGACAUGAGUAGUGGUAACCGCGUAAUGUUGCAGCACUUCGACAUCUACUCUGGCAGGUACAGCAGAACAACAAACAAGAUCCCCCACCCACAAAAACCUGGGGAGCAAAUUGUUUUUUUAGCUGAUGUUCCCCACUUGAUCAAGAACUUGAACGGGCACCUUGUGCGUGGGCAGACGAUAGUCCUGCCAACAGACGUUGUGACCGCCAACAACCUCACGUGCCCCACUGUGUCCCUUGACCCCAUUCGCCAGCUGGUGGAGUUCCAGAAGGACCUGACAUUCAAGCUGGCCCCUAAACUUCGCCCUGAGCUUCUGGACCCAAAUCAUUUUGAGAAAAUGAAGGUCAGCGCUGCCCUGCAGGUCCUGAGCCACUCCACGGCCACUGCGCUUCGUUUCCUGGUGGAGAACCACGGCUGGAGCCAGGACUUCCUCACCACAGCCUGGUUUUUCGAGCAGAGGUACGAGAUGCGCCUCUCCUCCAAUGGUCAUCGCUCGAGGCUUUUAGAUACUGUCACAGUGCGCCUCAGACCGCGUAGCACCACCACCAUGAACACAAAACUAGUGUCGUUCUUGGAAAACAACAAUAGGCUGCAGGAGUACGUUGGCAUCAAGCAGAAACAAAACUUUCCCGAAGAAAAAACCCUCCGCGCCCACUGCAAUACCAGCAGUGAAUACAGCGCGCGCGUCAACAGUGUGAAACUGCUUCUCGACACCGACGGUUACGCGGCCCGGCUCCCGGAGCCCCCUCACUCGCCGCCGGACAUGAAAGUCCGAAUGGUUCUCAAAAACAUCAUCAAAACUUCUAUAUACAUUUUCCCUUCAGGACAAGUUGUUGGUGGCGCGCAAGGAACCCAAAUACACACAGGUGAAGGGUUCGCCUCAAGCAUGGAGAACAAAGGGCCUCCCGCAACAACGAAUGUUGCUUGA